AUGUUGUCGCAUGUCCCGCCCAGCGCACAGAAGCAUGUCCUCGAUGAUGACCUAGACUACGACAAUUUUGACCUCACAGCCGAUGACGUCCCGCCAAUAUCUACCUCCAAAACUCCCGCCAGGAAAGAACCAGGACUCAGUACCGUUGAUCUCACGGGAGACAGUCAAGAAUUGAAGUCCAUCCAGGGCCCUGCUCGAACUAUGACCCAGAAGAAAACUCCAGAACUCGACAUUGAUAUAUCAUCGGACGGUUUUCUCGAUAUUGACAGUGUCACCAGAUCGACAAUCGGAGGCGAGCGAACAAGCGAGCCAGCUAGGAAGCGACAACGCUUGUCCCCAGUCUCAGAGUCCAACAGCCCGAAGCCUCGGUUGGGGUCAUCACGAAAUGGCAGCAGUAGGGUAAUAGAGGAUUUUGAGUCUUCCACAUCUCCCCAUAUUUCCAGCCGAAAUAUAUCCAAAGCGGCGAAACCCACCUAUCAUCACAAUGACGACGAUGGUGAUCCCUUCGCAAGCCCGCCCCCAAGGUUCACCCGAGAACAAAAAGGGAAAGGACCUGCUUCUGCAACAGUCACACCAGAUGUUAUCAACAUAGAUGAUUCCGACGACGAUGACCCAUUCGCGGACUCUCCGCUGAAAGUCAAUCCGAAUCCACGAGGACCGCCAAGGGCGGCAACAACAGCAGCAGCAUGGGAUCCCAUAUCAAGCUCGGCCCCCCUUCCAGCGAAACCUAGUCCUCACCGCUCCCUAGGAAGAAGUCAAUCAGGGUUCAGUCCUCCCGAAAACUCGGAUGAGGACGUAGGCGCGGACCCUCUAUCCAACGACGAAGAUGACUUUCCAGACAUAUCCGACCUCCGCUUCCCAGCUAGUCGCUCAGGGAAUGAUCUAUCGGGACCUACGAAAAGACCAUUCACCAAGUCCGCAUCUACAACAACGGGAGCGACAAGGACGAAGCCUGCAAAAGGAGGUGCGAAGAAAACGGCCGAGGAACGAGCCAGGGAAAGAGAAGAUAAAGCCCUCGAGAAGAAGAGCGCAGCAGAACGAAAAAGGCAAGAAAAAGAGCGCGAGAAGCAACAAAAGGCCGAAGAGAAACAGCGCGCUGCCGCCCGUGCAGAAGCCAACAAGCUGAAGAUCAGAAAGGAAAUCGCCACCCCUGAGAUGAUCGUGGAUCUUCCGUCUAGCCUCCCUCCAGCUACCAAGAUCCAAAUCGAAGAAUUUCUGAAGAAGAUCGAUGUCAAGGAAAUCAAUACCUGGACCUCCCCAGUCGAUAACGUCGUGCGCUGGCGCCGCGCGGUCAAAUCCCGUUACAACGAGGAACGCCACCACUAUGACCCGAUUCCCGAAACCAUCGAGACCGAGAAGAUCAUCCUGGUCAUCCUCCCCGCCGCCGAAUUCGCUAAGCUCGCAAUGGGCGCCGAGGGCCACAAUCUCGAAGCGCACGUACUCAAGGUGCAACGCCAUUUCCCUAAUCACCAAACCAUCUACCUCAUCGAAGGCCUAAAGAAACUCCUCUCCUCAAACCGUAAUAAGCGCAACAAUGACUUUGCCUCUGUCGUCCGCUCCCGCCUAGCCGAGGACGAAUCCGCAUCAACAUCCUCUUCCCGCCGGACUAAUAAGAAAAACGAUCCCCCCAUGACUAUCAGCGAAUCCCAAAUCGACGCCGCCCUCCUUCGACUCCAACUCCUCUAUUCCAUACAAAUCCAAGAAACCACAUGCCUCCAGGACACCGCCCACCAGCUACAGCUCUUCACCCAAAAUGUCGCCGUCGCGCCCUACAAACGGCAUCAAGAAGACUACUUGAUGAAGUCGGCCGGGUUCUGCAUGGAUAGCGGACAGGUGCGGACGGCUAUUGGAACUGAGGAAGCGUACGUGCGCAUGCUGCAGGAGGUGGCGAGGAUCACGGCGCCGAUUGCCAUGGGGAUUGCGAAUGUAUAUCCCAGGGUUGGACAACUAGUUCGGGCGUUGGAGGAGGGAGGUCCGGGGACGUUGGAGGAUGUCAGGAGGGUGAUCAAUAAGGAAAGGGAGGUUGGGGAGAAGAGGGUCGGGAAGGCGGUCAGCAAGAGGCUUUGGAAGAUCUUUACGGGGAGGGAUGAGAUGAGUACGGAGGUUUGA